UUCACUGUCCUCCUAUAAAAAGGAAGACAGGGUUUUACGAGUUUUGCACGAUCUUUUUCAUCAUUAUGCCUUGUUGUCUACGUGAAUUCUCACAUUACAUGAUUCCUUUUACUGUAUUUUAUUUAUACUUUGUGUAAAGAAAACUAGUAUACUUUAUACUAGUUUUCUUCAGUAUUCUUUGUCAGACUCACACCUUGAUUGGUAUUUUUUUUUCCUCGAAAAUCUCCCCACUUGGAUUCCAAAAUGCAGAUGUCGAUGGGGGUUAUAAAGCUUCUACUGAUAAUUGUGUGCUUUUGUCUUGAAAAUUCACAGGCAUCACCAUCUGCUUGUUCAGAGGUUGAUAGAUUGGCUCUUGUUGGUUUUAAGGCCAAAAUAUUAAAGGACACUACUGAUAUACUGUCUACAUGGACAGGCAAAGAUUGUUGCAGUGGUGGCUGGGAAGGCAUUGAAUGUGAUCCGGCCACCGGCCGAGUUAACAAGUUGAUGCUGCAAAGCCCAUCUGCUGAUAAUAUGAGUGUCCUUAUGAUAGGCAUUUUGUCCCCCUCCCUUGGUAAUUUACAAUUCUUGGAGACUAUGGUGAUAAGUGGGAUGAAAAGGAUUGGAGGAACAAUCCCUCAAAGUUUCUCGAAUCUCAGUCGCCUCACUCAACUCGUCCUAGAUGACAAUGCCCUGCAAGGGGAAAUCCCUUCAAGUUUGGGUCAUUUGUCCUUGCUACAGACUUUUUCAUUCAAUGGCAACCAUUUGACAGGACAAAUUCCUCCUGCAUUAGGGAACUUGAAAAACCUCCUUCAGUUGAGUUUAGCUAGAAACUCCCUCAUAGGUCCUAUCCCACCAAACCUUAAGAACCUCAUGAGCUUACAGUUUCUUGAUCUCAGCUUCAAUUCAUUUUCUGGGUUCAUCCCGGAUUUUCUAGGGCAGCUUCGAUCCUUGCAAAAUCUUGUGCUCACCAACAACCGGUUGUCAGGGCAGAUACCCAAUUCUUUGUGCAACCUAGUCCAACUUUCGGAGCUGUCAAUUGAUCAAAAUCUGCUCACCGGAAGAAUUCCAACACAAAUUGGCAAUUUGAAGUCUCUUUCUGUACUAAGAUUGAACGCCAAUCAACUUACCGGUCAGAUUCCAGAAUCUAUUGCAAACUUACAGAACUUAUGGCUUCUUAAUGUGUCUAGAAAUGUACUUAUGGAUCCAUUACCUAAUAUAGCAUUUUCUAAGGGACUCCAUUCUCUGCUAUCCGUAGAUCUGUCCUACAACAGUCUUAAUUUAGGGACAGUUCCUGAAUGGAUCAGAAAUAGACAACUUUCUGAUGUCCAUCUAGCAGGCUGCAAGCUUAGAGGAACCCUCCCAAACUUUACGAGGCCCGACUCCUUGACCAGCUUAGACCUGUCCGACAACUAUUUCACUGAUGGAAUUGCAACUUUUUUCACAAAGCUGUCGAGCUUGCAGAGUGCCAAGAUUUCUAAUAACCUAUUGAAGAUUGAUCUCUCCUCAAUCAGAUUGCCUGAUCAACUUUCCUUCCUUGAUCUCCAUUCCAACCUACUAUUUGGUUCUCUUUCAAGUAUAUUAAGCAACAAGACGAGCAAAUUUUUGGAGGCUAUUGAUGUCUCAAGAAAUCAAAUUUCUGGAAGCAUUCCUGAAUUCAGUGGUGGGUUGAACUUAAAGGUGCUCAACAUAGGAAGUAACAGGAUUGCAGGUCAUAUUCCUAGUUCAAUUUCUGACCUGGCUAAGCUUGAAAGAUUCGACAUUUCAAGAAAUCAAAUAACAGGCACAAUCCCAACAAGUUUAGGAUUAUUAGUGAAGUUGCAAUGGCUAGACUUGUCAAUCAAUGGGCUUACAGGAAAAAUUCCAGAUAGUAUGCUGGGAAUUGAAGCAUUGAAACAUGCAAGCUUCAGGGCAAAUAGAUUGUGUGGAGAGAUACCACAAGGAAGACCAUAUAACAUCUUCAGUGCAGCUGCAUAUGCUCACAACUUGUGCUUGUGCGGAAAACCUUUGCCUUCUUGCAAGGGAAAAUAACUGGAGAAGAUGGUCGGGCCAGUGAUAUGCUGACUCUGUUUACGCUGAAGGCAUGGGAUCAUCCUAUAUGAUCACUGUCCAAAGGGAAGUUCAGAUACACAUUUUAAUAUCUAUUAUGUUGUAAUUUUCAAACACGUGUAACUUUCGCAACUCCUCUCUUAAGGAUUCCGUUCUAUAUAAAAUAAACAUUUGUCUUAGAGGAGAAGUUCAUUGCUUUUGCCACAACAUAUUAAUUAUAUUCUAAGUUCAUUGCUAUUGACACAA